CCUGUCAUAGGUGGCGUUAUAACCGGAAGUGUUACCUUUCAAUCAAAUUAUAUUUUUUAGAUCAUGAAAUGAUAAAAGUUUACUAUCGGAAGAAGGAAGAAACGGAGUAAAUGAGCAACAUGUGUUUUCCUGUAUGAAAGUGACAGAACAAUACCAUACGAUAAGUGUUAAACAUACAAAGGAAAUUAAAUCCAUUCACACAAAUGUUUACAUUCCUGAAAUAUCAUUCAAUUUUUGUGUGACUAGUAAUUUAUCCGUGUUGUGUACCAAUAUUUGGGUUUUUAAAGUUUAAGUUUUCGUAUUGUGUAGUGAAAGGGGAAAGGAAAAUGAGAACGUAACAUGGGAGGAUCUUCUUCAGCAGUGCAACUCACUAUGAUUGGCUUGGAUCAGUCAGGAAAGACAACUCUUUUAUAUAGACUGAAGUAUGAUCAGUUUACCAACACAACACCAACUAUAGGAUUUAACUGUGAAAAAGUUAAAUGUGAAACAGGUACUGCAAAAGGAACAACAUUCACAAUAUGGGAUAUUGGUGGUGCAGAUAAGACUCGUCCACUUUGGAGAGCAUAUAUUCGAUCAUCAGAAGGUAUUAUAUUUGUUGUUGAUUCAGUUGAUAAAGAAAGAAUAGAAGAGGCUAAAUUAGAAUUGACUAAACUAAUUCGCUGCUCUGAUAACCAGGGACUACCCAUACUUGUGAUUGCCAAUAAACAAGACAUGCCGGGAUCAUUAGAUCCUGUUACUGUAGAAAAGCAGUUAGGCUUACAUGAACUACCUCCUUCACAAUUGUGGACAUUACUUGGUGCUUGUGCUAUCACUGGAGAAGGGUUGUCUGAUGCUAUUGAAGCUAUGUAUGAACUUGUGUUAAAAAGGAGAAGAAUGAAGAAGAAGCGAUAACAGAAAAGUUGUAUAGGACUACAAAUUAUUUUUGUGAUCUACAUUGUUAAGUUUUUUUUUUAUAAUUUUUAUGUCUUUUAAAUAUUAAUUUAUGGGUUGUGUUGUUGUAUACAGUUUAUGAGUUAUUUAUGCAAUUGUAGAUUUUAUUUGUUAUUUUGUAAUUUAAAUCUUUUUAUGAUACUGCCAACAAAUUGAGUAUAAAUUUGUAUAGAAAUAAUUACAGGGCAGAUAUACAAUGUACAUGUAACAUAAUUUUUAAAAACCGAAAGUCUUGAAUUUCAUACAUGUACAAUGUAUAUUUUGUGUUAAAAUUCCAAUUUAUAGGGUAAAUAUUCAUGUUAUAAAUAAUGAAAAUUGAUAAAAAAAAGUACAGACAUUGUGCAAUUGGGUACAAAACUUCAUCACUGUUUCGACAUAUUUUUAGAGAUUUGCUGUGUAUCUUUGCCAGCAUUUAUUUUAAUCACUUUAUUUUUAUUUGGCAAUACUAAAGUAUACAUUAGCAUGAAUGACAUGUGGGAUAGUAUUUAGAACAUUCGUAUGAACCUACAAAAAUGUACAGUUGUUUGAUUAAAAUUAAUUUAGAGAAAAAAAGGUUUGCAACAUAGCGCAACAUGUAGCUAAUUCAGCUUGUAGCUUGGUAGAUGAUAUGUUUGUAAAUUCUUUUUCCACUAAAGAAAUUUACCUUUUAUUUUGGCAAUAAACUUAGAUACAUAUACAAUGUACAUGAUUGUACAUGUUUACUGGAAAAUUAAGCAUUUAAUAGCUUUAUAAUAUUAUGCAUACUGAGAAAGGAAAAUUUCUACCAAAUACAUGUAUACUGGAAAAGUAAGCACUUUUAUAGCUUUGUAAUAUUGAGGAAGGACAGUUUCUGCCAUAUAGAUUUUAUUUUAAUCAUAUUGAACUAUAUUAUUAUUAUCUUUAGCCUUUGCAUUGUCACAUUAUUUACGGACUAUGAGUUGUAUUGUUCCCUUCUUUUAAAAAGCAUUUUGAUUGAUAAUUCUUUAUCACUCUCUUUUGUCUUGACCAGUCUUAUUUAAAUGAGAUAUUUUUCAUGCUCUGUCAGAUUUGUUUGUUUCUGGUAUGUAAGAGCUGUUAGACAUCUGACCACGGUAUUGGUAAGACCUUUUAUGCAAAUUCUUUAUCAACUUGUCAUUUAUAAUAUAUAUUAAAUCUUUGAUUUGAUAGUAAAAAGUUACUUAAAUUGCACAUGUAUAUAUAUAUCCUACUUGUAUUACAUAUGUAUUACAGGAUGUCUGACACAAUGUCAAAAAAAAAUAACAGCUCAAAUUUAAAGAUCAAGUUUUUAAUGGAUUGCAUCUUUGAUAACAUACAUUUGUACAUUUAUAUUUAGUGUAUUUUCAUCUCUAAAGAAGAUUGAACGUUGUAUUCAAUGUAUUGUCUCAGUAUUAUGCCGAAAAGUAUAUGUCUAACAGGCUAAGAGUAUAUAAUUGUACCCACAAAAAAUGAAGUAACUGUAAACAUUAUAUAUAUUAUAUAUAUAUAUUUCUUGGCCUUACAAAAGAUCUCUACAAUUUUAUUUUUAUUUUGCCUGCCUUUAUGUUGCUUUUUUCAUGGACAAUUUUGGGAGGAAGUCCAGGAAUAGCAUUAGAAUAAUAUCAUAUAUCUAUACAUGUACAAAAAUGUACCUACAUGUAUUUCUGUAUUCAGAUGUUCCAGAUAUAAACUAUAAAUUGUACAUACAUCAUAUAAUGAGGAUAAAUCAAUUAUAUUUAAAAAUGACAACUUCCAAAGAUUGAAAUAGUUAUCUACAUGUUUGUUAUUACAAGAUUAUUUAUAAUCAUUUAAUAUUCCAUCAAAAUUACAAAAAUGAAAAUUAGAUAAAAUUUAUCAUACAUGUACUUGAAUAACCAAAUUUUAUCUGAAAACUUAGUAAUACUUAGAAACAGAUAUCUAUUAAAUAGAAGGAAGUUUUCAGUCCCUAUCCCCUUAUAAUAACACUGGAUAUACAGUUUAUGUCAAUGUUAAUGAAUGUUAUCUUAUAUAUUAUAUUAUCUCACAUAUAUAUAGAAUUUUAGAUUAAAAAAAAAUGUUUAAUAUAUUAUAUGCAAAUUUCCUGCACUUGACACAGAAAAUACAUAUGAAAUGUACAACUACACAAUAAGACAAUUGAUUAUUGUUGUUGGACUAUAAGGAAUUCUGUACUAAACUAGUAUUAUAUAUAUAUGAAUCCAAGGCAGCCAGGGAUACAUCUGAUAGAUGUUAUGAAUUUAAUAAAGCAGGACAAGGGACAUACAUUUAUUUAUAAAAAAAAUAUGCUUUCUAGAAAGGAAUUGCAAGGGAGGUUCCAGCCAUUUUAAAAAAGGAUGGGGGUCCAACUAUAUGUUCCCAUUCAAAUGCAUUGAUCUGUGAAAAAAGGGGGGUUCCAAUCCACGGAACCACUCCUCUGGAUCCGCAAAUGGGUUGUUAUUGAACAUGCUGAAUAUAAAUGUUUAAAGACAUCACUCAUUUGAACUCUACAUGAACAUAUUAUAUUUUUAUAAUCGGACUUAUAUAUAUUGUUUAAAAAAGAUUUUAUUCUAAUCCUUAUAAAAUAGUUGUUUUUUCCAUAGAAUGGGACUUAAAAGAUCUGACUGUUUUGGUAGCUACCUUUCCUUUAACUCGUAACAUCAUGUAACAUGAUCAAGUUAGUCCUUUAAUUUUAAACCAUUAAGGCAGUUAGACAAAAAUGAAUAAUUUUACCAUUUUGUUGUCUAAUGGCAUCCAGAGAAGUUUAUUGUUGAAUUUAAUAUAUAAAGAAAGGUUGUGGUUUUGUAUUUUUUUUAAAGCUGCAUUAUGUAAAAAUAAGACUGAUUAAUUGGGUAUAUAUUUAUGUAAACAACUCAUAGUUGCUAGAUUGUACUCUCAUUAUAUUGUUGCUGUUUGAUAAUCCUGUUAAUUAAAUUUUUAAAUUAU